AUGCGGGAAAAGCACUGCGGCCGUCAAGGUGCUACACCUGCUGACAGAGCUGACGCCUGGCCGACACAUCCUCGCAGCGCCUACACAGGUCUUGCGCGACGCACUGGCCAAGCGCCUCGGAUCAGAUUGCCUGCGCGUGGGCCAGGACGAACAUCACAGCGAUCUCAUGUACGAGGAAACGGUAAAGCUCUUGGAAGAACAGAAUCCCGCGAUGGUGGCAUUGAUCGAGGAGUACGCAGCCUUACUGGAGACAAGGCCCGGCGUCUGCUUGCCCACUGUGGGUGGAAGACAAGUCUCGGUUUACCUCAAACUGCUGUCAAACAUCAUUCCGACAAACAUCUGUUGUCUUUGUUAUUGCUUGCUGUUCAGAUUGAGCUUCUUUUUCCACAUGCCGGAGAACAUUCAUGUGGUAACAUGACCUAG